GGGAAGCAGCUCUCGAGGAAGCAGUGUUGAUUCAGUGUCCCAUCAAGUGUUGCCCAGAUGCGGCUGUGAUAGACCCAUGAAGAUGUGGGUCUCCAACACAGUUCAAAACCGGAAUCGAAAGUUCUGGAAAUGUCGCAAUGCUGGGACUGGCAAUAGUUGCGAAUUGUUCUUAUGGGAUGAUGAAAAUGGAGACUCCAUCAAAGGCAAUACAGUGAUUCAUCCAUGUUGCAAGAAGUGUGAGGUACUUCAAAUUCAGUUGGAAUCAGUGACAAAGAAAGUGGUGAAAUUGAAGAUUAAGCUUGAAGCCCAGAAAAGGAAAACUUUGCAGAUCCAGAUUGCUAUAUUUAUGUGUUGUUUGAUAGUUGGUUUAUUGUAUAAUUUCAUGUAAUGAAAGCAAUAAGUAUGACAUUGUGUAUUUUGGUGUCAGUAAUAGGUUAAUUAUCUAUGUAUUUUGAGUUAAGGUGGUUCUGUGCAUUUUGAUCUAGGUUGGUUCUAUGUACUUUGAAAAGAAUGUUGGUUCUAUGUAGUUUGAAAA